AAGAACUGAGAUUAAACGGACUGGGGUUAUUAUAUAUCAGGAGCAUACAGCUUUAAAAAUAAAAACAUAUAAAAAGUAGAAAGCAGAGAGGGAUUGUGAGCAAACAAGUGAUUAGGGUUCUUCAUUUUCAUCAUUCUGAUAUGGGAAUCGUGGAUGCAUCAAACUCGAAAGUGAAAGCAGAACCAAUAUAUCUGGACCUCAAAGGUGAUGAGGUGGUGGAUAUCGGGCAACGCGUUGAAAGUAUGUUCACAAAGGUUGAUAAGCUUGAACAAACACUGAAUAAGGUUGAGCAGUUUUACUCAACACACAGUAAAAAGCAGUUAGCUACUUCCAAAGGUAGCUCCAUUCUAGCUAGCUACAGAAGGAGACAACAGCAUGCAACACAUAGAGAGUCAAUUGCCGCAAAGAGAAUGCAAGAGCUUAUACGCCAGUUCGGAACGAUAAUUAGACAGAUUACUCAACACAAGUGGGCAGGGCCUUUUAUGCAACCUGUGGAUGUUGUUGGUCUUGGUUUGCAUGACUACUAUGAGGUGAUUGAAAAGCCGAUGGACUUCAGUACAAUCAAAAACAAAAUGGAGUCCAAGGAUGGCGGUGGAUAUAAAAGCGUACGAGAGAUAUACGCAGAUGUGAGAUUAAUUUUUAAGAAUGCGAUGAUAUAUAAUGAUGAAAGGAAUGAUGUUCACGUUAUGGCCAAAACUUUGCUGGGUAAAGUUGAUGAGAAAUGGCUGCAACUUUUGCCAAAAGUUGAUGAAGAGGAGAAAAUUCAAAGAGAGGAAGAAGCAGAAGCUGAGAUAGAUAUGCAGCUAGCACAGAAUGCAACUCAUGCAAAAAUAGUGAAGGAUUUAAACAUUGAGAUUGAAGAGUUUGAUAGGAAUUUGGAAGAACUAAGAAAUCAGGUGCUUCAGAAAUGCAGGAAAAUGUCAACUGAGGAGAAAAAAAAACUGAGUGCAGCUCUCACAAGUUUGUCUCCCGAAGAUCUUGACAAGGCACUUCUAAUUGUUUCCCAUGAUAACCCAAGCUUUCAUGCAACUAGUCAAGAGGUGGACCUUGACAUUGAUGCCCUGAGUGAAUCCACAUUAUGGAAAUUAAAGUUUUUUGUGAAGAGUGCUAUGCAGUUUCCACGUAAAAGCUCAGCAAGCAUGGGUGGCAACAACCAACAAAACAACAGUAACAAACGGAAGAUUUGUGAUGCCCUUGCCAUGUCUACUCAGAAAAGGAGCAAAAAGUGAACACUUGGUCUAUGAUAGUAGUAUAUAUUCUGGUUUACAAGAUGUAGUGAUUUGUUUUUUAAGUUGUUACAAUUCCAUGAGAUUGGAUCUGAAUUAGUAGUGAAGUAUGGAUUCAGUCCGAUCUUUUCCAUUAGUGAAGUAUGGAUUCAGUCCGAUCUUUUUCAUUACCA